AUGAUUUCGCCUAAUGAACAAAAAAAAUCGAAAAUUAUUUUUUUACCUAAUAUCGAAGAGGAAAAAUUGAAAGCUAAACAGAAAAAAAAUAAACUAAAAACGAAGAUUGUUUACAAGAAUACAAAUCAGCCGAAACCCAAGGCUUCUAUUAAGGAAAAAGAUGUAACCUCCUCUGCUAAUGAAACACAACCUAGUCUAUUGAAAUCUAAACAAGUUAGUCUCUUGAAAAAUCCAAUAACUACAAAUACUAUUGAUUCUUCUUCUGUUUACCUUCCUUCAAAUAUAUCUGAAGAUUCUCCAGAGAGCAGUAUUCAUAUACCAUCUACUUCUUCUGCUUGUUCUAGCGGUAUUGCUCAAGUUAGUCUCUUGAAAAAUCCAACAAAUACUAUCGAUUUUAAUAAUACUGCUUCUUCUGUUUACCUUCCUUCGAAUAUAUCUGUUGAUUCUCCAAAUACCAACAUUCAUAUACCAUCUACUUCUUCCGUAAGUUCUAGCGGUAUUGCUUUUAUUAUUAUACCCAAUUCUACCACUCCUAGUUCGUCUGAACCGACUGAAAGUCUCAAUACGUCUUUGCCCAAAAUAUCAAACGUAGUAAGUUUGAAUAGUAGUAUUUUAAAUAGCAUUCUGACACAGCCUAAAAUCAUAAUGAAUGAAGAAGCAAUCGUCAUAGAUGAUAGCGAUAAUGAAUUUGAUGAAAACGAAGAUGAAAAAAUAGAUGAAAAAAUGGAUGAAAAAAUAGAUGAAAAAAUAGAUGAAAAAAUAGAUGAAAAAAUAGAUGAAAAAAUAGAUGAAAAAAUAGAUGAAAAAAUAGAAGAAAAAGUAGAUAAGGAAAAAGAUGAAGAUGAUUCGGAUGAGGAGAGUAACUUAGUUAUAGAUGAGAAAAAUUUGGAAGAACAAAAAUCUCAAGAUAGUGUAUUUGGAAGUAAUAAUAGCAUUAAGGAAGAACAACCUCAAAGUGUGGGAAAUGAAGCCGACACGACUGAUAGUACGGAGAUUAUUUCUUCUCUUUCUAUACUUUUAUUUUUUCUCAAAAAUUGUGAAAUGAACUUGCCACUUGCAACCAAAGAAUUGAGUCCAGAAUAUCAUGGAGUCUCUCAUAACCUCUCGAUAGAAUCUACUGAUCUCAAUUACGAUAAACCAGCAGAAUCAAAUAAUACAGACUAUGAACAAACUCCAUCGCAUCGUAAAAAAAGACAUACUUGUUACACCUGUAUGUCCAAAUUUUCAUCAUUAGAAGAUUUGGAAGUCCAUAGAUAUGUACAUUUAGAUUCAACUUCGGAAGAUGAUAUUUUCACUGAAGAUUAUUAUGAAGAAAGUUUGAGCAAUAACAAAGGUAAAGAACAAGAAAACCCAAAUAAAACUAAUGCGAAUAUUGAGGAUGUUCAAAACGAAACAGUGGAUGAAACGGCCAGAAAAAUAAUAGCUACACAGGAAAAAAAGAAUAGAGAAAAAGUGCAAGCUGCAAAUACCAAAGAUAGCAAUAAUGAAAGACAUACCAAAGACCUUAAUAUUAUAGAAAAUUCCAACAAUACGAACAGUAUUAUCGAAAAUAAAAUACUUUUUGAGAUACAUUGCAUUAUUUGCAAAAGUAUAUUCAGAAAUAUUGAAGAAUUUAAUGCACAUAAUGCAAGAAUCUCUUGCGUAUAUUAUUGUAUUACAUGUUCUAAAAAAAUGUGUACGAAAAAAGCAUGUUUUACUCACCUUGUGUUACACGCAGAAUCUCAAAUUUCAGACGAGUUGUAUAAGUGUACUUUGUGUUCCUUUACAUGUUUUACUACUCACCACCUAAUCAUGCAUAAACGAAAAAAUCAUGCAACAAAAAGGAUUUCGGAAAAUAGAAAAAGUACGAGCUCAGAGGAUAUUGUAGAUACUACAAUUAAAGAUGAUAAGAACUCUCUUCAAAUUGAUGCAGAAAGUUCUUUAUAUAAAUGCAGUGAAUGUUCAUUUAAAUUUCGAACAGUCAAACGAGUACAAAAACAUUUUAGAAAAUACCAUAAAAAUAAAACAGCAAAUAAAAAGAAUACUAAAAAAGCUGAAGAGGAAGAAGAUGAAGAUAACUUAACUUGCGAUUUGUGUUUUGAUGUGUUCGAUAAUAAAGAAGAUUUGACAAUUCAUCAGUCAUUCCAUAAAGAAUUAGAAACAAGUUAUAAAGGUAAAAGCAAUGAACACAAAGAUGAUGAAAUCGAGAUUAUUGAAGAUAGAACUAAUAUACAUAACAUUUCUACUACAAUACAAAGAACAAAGUCUUGGACACAAAAAACAAAGCCAAAACUGACAAAACCGAAUUCUAAGAAUGAAACAAAAAAAGUAGAAACGAUGGGACAGAAAAAGACCGUUUAUAUCCUUCCGGAAACUGCUAAACCAAAAGGGUUGGAAGUAAAGAGAACUGGUCCGUUUAGUUUUGCCGUUAACUGCAAUGAUAAAAUUCCUGCUACAAACUCCGAACUAGUAAAUGCAAUUCCAAAAUUGGUUACUCCGACAUCAGAAACCACAGUUUCUUCGACUGGUGCUUCCAAUACUAAUAUAAUUGCACAAGAACCAAAAGAGAAAAGUAUUCUUCAAGAAGUGUUAUCUCCCAAAAGGUGUAUCCAUCCCAAACCAGCAAUUAAGGAAAAUGGUUGUAAGAUAAAACGGUGCCCUCAGAAACAGCAGAAAAGGUCCAAAGUACGUAAACCGACACGUAUAGCACCCACUAGUGCUCCUAUUUGUACUAAUAUAAUAGCACAAGAACCAAAAGAGGAAAGUAUUCUCCAACAAAUGCCUUCUCCUAUGAAAUAUAUCCUCCCCAAACCACUAUCCAAACCAAAACCCAAACCAGUACGCAAAUCAGUACCCAAACCAAUGUUCAAACUUACAGAUGUAUAUAAGUUAAAACAGCGUGCUCAAAAUCAGCGAAAAAAGUCCAAACUACCUCAAAGUAGUAUUUCAGCACAUACGUCGAUAUCAGCACCUAUUCCGGUUUCAGUAAUUCAAGAUACAUCAACAGAUUCGUCUGCACCGGAAGUUGCAAAUAGUUUUAUUAAAUUGGGUACUUAUCAACACGGCAAAAUAGUGGUUACGCCAUCUUCUACGCCAGUAAUAAAUAUUACUAAACCACAUCCUCAUUUUAAAACUUUUAAUAGUUUUAAUUUAGGUAGUGAACUAGUCGUUAUAUCUUCUAACUUGUGCAAUACUAAUAUUACUAGCAGCAAUCCUCAACAAUCUAUAAAAUCUGUUGAAGACCCAAUUGUUAUUGAUGAUAGCGAUGAAGAAGACGAAAAAACGAAUGAAAAAAUAGAAAGUAAUUUCAUAGCAAAAUGCGAUAGCUGUCACACGAUGUUUUAUGAGAAUGAGGCUGUGCUGCGGCAUAGUCAGGAUAGAUUGACAUGUAACGAUUGCAGAGAAAAGUUUUGCUUGUUGGGAGAACUUGAGAAACAUUAUUUAAACCGCCACGAAAAGAUUUUUUGUUGUACUUGCCGAUUUCUUACAAAAUCACUUGAUGAAUUUAAAAUGCACACGAGUAAUGGCGUAUGCUUGACGACUAUAAUAAUUCAAGCGUAA